AUGUAUAUCAUCAUGAGGUAUGGAAACAUCAUGGAACAGGGGAUUACCUUGGCAUUCUAUCUUUGGCGUGGUCCUCCGAUAUCGUUUUGCAAGACCUGGUUUUACAUCGACGAAUGGGUGGCGUAUGGGCUGUUCAUUCCCACUAAAAUCUUCUUAGGACUGCGCACAUACGCGUUGUAUCGUGGACAGGCAGCCCCACUCUUCUACAAAUGGCUUAUUGCGUCUUUAGUCAUUGCUCACACCAUCGUACUGUUCAUUUCGCUCGGCCUAGUAACAAGAGACAUACGAUUCGCGAACACCUUCCCUUUCCCGAACUUACCGUGCUCAUUCAGUUUCAAAUCGAGUCCUUACACCGCAGGCCUAAUUCAAUUCGUGGGGUCUGUGAUUUUCAACAUUUCUCUCUUCCUCCUUACAGGUUAUCGCGCAAUCACCUAUUUUAAGGAGGGAAACCGAAGAAUUACCAGCGUAAUAUUACGAGAUGGGCUAUUUUACACGGCAGUGCUUUGCUGUACAAAUGUCAUGACGAUCAUUUUAUACACGUCCAUGACUCCGACGCUUCGCGCAUUGCUCGUGGCACCUACAAAGUCAUUAGCGGUCAUUAUCACGUCCCGCAUCGUUCUCAACUUGCGGAAAAUUGUUUUGAAACCAGGCAUCACCUUAGGGAAUCUCAGCAGGCAGACGGAUCUCAACCUUGAUGGAAUCCGAAGCCUGGAACCAAUCGCCUUCGGCGAGCGGCGUGUCUCUCAAGGUGUGGAGGAGUACUAA